AUUGAAUACCCAUUUUAUGAAGCAUGAAUAUAGCAAGAGUACCUUCUCUUCUCCGUGUUGGCUAUGCUAGAUGAGGUAACCAUAUAACAGAAGAAUUUAAUAACUCGUUAGCUGAAAAUUAAGAAAUAAUAACAUGUGCUUUUUAGAGAAUCACAUAUGCUUGAUACUUUUACAGCAUGCAAUAUAUAUGUUUCAUUUUUCCCUCCGUCCAAACAGAAAAAUCCUAAGUGAUUUGCACAUCAGUAGUGGCGCAAGGCAAAAGUGUCAUGCUAAUUCUGGCCAGGCAAUGGAAAAUGCAUCUCGAGGUUGAGGACCCUUAACAAAGCCUACGAUGAGAUGUUGCAUUGUUCUUUUUUUUUCAUUUUUCUUUUUGCUUGGAUGGGUGAAGAGAUAUCGUAGUCAUACUUGUUGCAAUAUGACUGGCUAGAGCUUGUGGAAGAAAGACCUGACCAUUGAGGGCGGAGCUAGAACGAAAUGGGGAGGGGUGUCACUGCUUGCUUUACUCUGCUUUAGGCCGAGUUUAGACUGAUAUGAGUAACUGAGUUUGGAUUGAAGGGGGUGCAUAUAUGGUGAAAAUAUAUGAACUAUAACUAAAAACCGGGUUCCUGGGCACCCCCCCUCUUCAAUGUAGCUCCCCUCUCUUCACCCACAAGUCCAGCUAGCCUAGCAAAGUUCACAUUUUUCUUCUAUCUUGCAUCAUCACACGAAGUGAACUGCGUGAUCGUCGGAGACAUCGAAUCAAAGCUCUCGCCCAUUCUGCUUGCUGCCCUGAUCUCCUUCAAAUUCUAGCCCAAAGAAUGGAGGACCAGAUGGCUAACCUUCGCUUGACUGACUUCGAGUUCUUCAGGAUCAUCCUGCCCGGAUCCUCCAAAACGAAACUGAAGCUGCCUUACAAGUUCGCGAGGGAGCUUGGGGACCGAGAGCUCCGGGAGGCGAGGCUGCGGGUCGCCGGCGAGGGGCGGCGCCCGUGGGACGUGAAGGUGUUCGACGACGACGUCAGCGGCGACGUGUACCUGGGCCGCGGCUGGCAGGAGUUCGCCCGCGCCCACGACCUGCGUGACGGCCACUUCCUCGUCUUCCGCUACGACGGCGCCGCCGCGUUCACCGUCACCGUCUUCGACGAGACCAUGUGCCGCCGCGACUACCGCCGCCACCACGACGCCGCCGAGAGCGGAAGCAGCAGCAGCAGCGACAGCAGUGAUGCGGCGGCGGCGGUGGCGACGGCGGCGGCGGAGGGGGUCGGCGACGUGGCGCUGUCGCAGUUCGCCGUGACGCUGCGGCAGUGCAACCUCGAAGACAAGCAGGCGCAGUACUUGAACGUGCCGAUGGAGUUCCAGGAGGCGCACGAGUACGCGAGGCGGGAGAAGGUGGUGCUGCGGAUGCGCGGGGAGGCAUGGACGGUGAGGCUGAAGCACAGCAGGCGGGAGCGCGGCCAGCGCACGGCGUUCCGGUACGGGUGGCACCGGUUCUGCGUCGACAACGGCCUCGCCGUCGGCGACACCUGCUUCUUCCGCGUCCUCCGCGAGGGCGACCUCCGCCGCGGCGGUGCCGCCGACGACCACGUGCUCAAGGUCGCCGUGCGCAAGGCCGACGGCACCACCCUCGAGUGAUCGAUCUUACUAAUUAACUACUGAGAUUAAUAAAUUAAUUAGCGCGCUCUCGUAGUCUCGUCUCGUCGUGUGUGUGUGUGUUUAGGUGUUGGUUAGUCGUUCUAAAUGGCCCGUAUUUGUCUUACGUUAAAUCGUCUGGUACUUGAUCGGAUGGUGUUUGUGGGUGUGCCACUGGCAGAUCGACAGGUGGCCGAGCUGUGUACCGAACUGCUUUAUUACUCUCUUUCACGAACAAGGCCCUGUGUUUCGCAUUCACAACAAUGGGAAACAACCCAAUCU